AUGUUAUCGUUAUUCAAGAAUUUGUUUGGCUUUGGAAAGAAGAAGAAAGAUGAAAUGAAAAUCACGGUCAUGUUGAUCGGACUAGACAAUGCGGGAAAAUCCACGUUUUUAGCAGCACUAAAAGGGCAUGCUGAUUUCAAACCAAUGCCAACAGUAGGAUUUAACAGAGAAACCUUAAAGCACCAGCAUUACGAAAUUACAUAUUUUGAUGUGGGAGGAGGAGCAAAUAUUAGAUCAAUAUGGCCAAAUUAUUUUCCCUCAAUACAUGGAGCAAUUUUUGUUGUGGAUUCUGCUGAUGAAAAGCGACUUGAGGAAGCUCAGAAAACACUUGAAGAAAGUAUAAAACACCCAUAUUUCAAAGGAAAACCGUUGUUGGUUCUCGCAAACAAAAAAGACCUUCCAAACUCUUUGGAUCCUUCUGAAAUAUCUGAAAAACUUAAGCUGCAUGAACUAGCUCAAUAUGUUUCAAGUUUCAACAUUCUUCCUUCCAUAGCUAAAAGAGAGCUUACAAAAAACAAAUUAGAUGAUCACAUUGUGAAAGGGCUCGACUGGUUGAGCAACGAAAUUGAAAAGAAUAUAGAAGAACUUUCCAAAAGAAUCGAGAAGGAAGAGAAGGAGUUCGAAGAGGAGGAAAAACGGUUAGCAGAAGAAAAAUGGGAGCGAGUAAGGAAAAUGAGGGAGGAGAGACUAAAGCAACAAGAAGAAGAGGAACGAAAAAAGAAAGAGCAAGAAUCAAAAGAAUGA